AUGACACAAGGUGCAAGUGAAAGUGAUAUUAAAAAGGAAUUUGAGACGGUAUUAAAUAAUGAAUUGGGCCAGUUUGGAAAAUACCAAUUCAUUAAUAUAUUAUUGCUGGCCAUACCAGCUGCGGCUUCCGGAUUCAUGGCCGGUGACUAUGUGUUUACAGCGGGAAGGUUACCUUACAGAUGUGCUGUGCCGUUAUGUGAUCAGCAAGCUCCAGAAUAUUCACCAAACUGGAUAUUGAACGCCAUUCCAGAAACUUCAACGGGCUUUGAAGAUUGUUUUCGCUAUGCUACUUUAUCGAACACAAGCAAAUUUCCAAACGAAAUUUGCCCAGCCGACCUGUUUGAUAGAAAUACGAUUAUUCCUUGUGAAGGAUACGUGUAUGGUAGAACGAACACAGUAGUUUACGAUUUCGGUCUGGAAUGCCAGGAGUGGCUCAGAGCACUGGCCGGGACAUUAAACAGUAUGGGUGCAAUGAUCGCUCUACCUUUAGCUGGGUUCGUUUCAGACUAUUUCGGUCGGCGUAUUUCAAUUGUUUUUUUUGCUUUUAAUGUCGCUUUAGUAGGGUUAGUCAAAGCAUUUUCCAUAAAUUACACAAUGUAUGUAAUUUUGCAAUUUUUACAUACUGCAAUAGGUGGUGGUCUUUACAGUGCAGCUUAUAUAUUGGCAACUGAAUUGGUUGGUUCUAAGUUUCGAGUUGCAACGAGCGCAACAAUGUCGUCUAUGUUCGCUUUUGGCCAAGCAUUGUUAGGUGGGAUCGCAGCAGCCGUACACGAAUGGCGCAAGCUGACAAUGACAUUGUUUACUCCCGUAUUUUCCUUACUUUCGUACUAUUGGAUUGCUACAGAAAGUCACAGAUGGUUACUGAGUAAAAAUAGAAACGAUGAAGCAAAGGCAGUUUUAGAGAAAGCAGCAAGAUUGAACGGAACAAAAAUAUCUGACAACGCAAUGAAUAUUCUCCUUACAUCGAUUCCGAGAUUAAACAACGAGAAAAAAGAUGUUUAUAACAAACCUUUGUUUAUUCGAGUUAUUAACUCACCAGUUAUGUUACGGAGAUGUUGCACUACACCUAUAUACUGGAUAGCAACUACAUUCAUUUACUAUGGCUUAUCAAUAAAUUCCGUCAGUUUAUCAGGAAAUAUGUAUUUGAAUUACGUAUUAACAUCUCUUAUUGAGAUUCCCGGAUAUUUUACAGCUUAUUUAAUUUUAGAUAAAAUCGGCCGCAAGGUGACGCUUUUUUGUGGAUUCAUAUUAUGUUCAUUAUGUUGUUUUGCAUUUUCAUUUAUUCCUAACCAUAUGUAUGUUUUAUCUUUAGUUUUAUAUUUAACUGGAAAAUUCAGCACUGGUGUUAUUUUUACGUCAUUAUAUUUAUUUACUUCAGAACUCUACCCAACUAGACAUCGUCAUUCAUUUCUUGGGUUUUCAUCAAUGUUAGGUCGAAUUGGUUCGGUGGUAUCUCCUUUGACACCACCACUUAUGGUAUAUUGGCCAGGAAUACCAUCAAUCCUUUUUGCAACAAUGGCAGGCAUAGCUGGCAUUUUAGUUUUAACGCAACCUGAGACUCGUGGUUUGAAAAUACCGGAUACCUUUGAAGAAGCAGAACAGAUAGGACGUAAAACUAUUAAAUAAAAUACAAGCGACCCGCACCGGCUUCACACAGGUGCUUCUGAUACUAAAUAUAAAAUAUGAAAUAAAUAUUUGCAAUGUAAGC